AUGGAUAUUUUGGGAAGAAAAGUCAGAACUGCUUUUCAAAAUGGAGAUUUACAACCUGGGAAUACUAUUGCUAUCACUAAUAUCAGGUUUGCUCGCAAUCGUGCGGAAAUAACCUCUAAUAAUGAAUUAUGGAUUGGUAAGAGUUAUGAUGAAAUUCAGGUUAUUUCUUCAACAAAUCCUCCCUCAAAUUCUUCUUCUCCUGAUAGCCCUCCGCCUCCAACAUUUUUUCCCGAAGUCGGACAAGAAAACCAAGAACUAAAUCAGGAAGAAAAUAAGAUGGCUUUGUUAGCAGAAGAACUUUUAAGAGUCAUUGAAGAUAAUAACCAGAUUUGUCAAGAAGCCCAGAACUUUGGGGUAAAAUUGCCAGAAAUCCCAAGUGAUGCUUUAAACUACUUUCAAGAAGAAUUUUUUACCCUCUUAGAUGAAAAUCAACCACUUAAUAGUUCCCAUAAUAGCCAAAUUAACACCGAAAACGAAAAUAUUAGGAAAAAGAAAUUGAAUAUUAAGGAAAAUAUUUAUGGGAUUUCCAAUAAUAACAAAAGGAAAUUAACUGAGAAAAAAGCUGGUCAAACAGCUUCUCCAAAAAACGAAUUAGAAAAAUUGAAAGAAGAAGCCAAAGAGAGAAUAAACCAAAUUUUAACUGACAAAGAUAAUCUGCGAAACAUUAACUUAACUACGCUGGCGAAGGGGAAAUAUCAAAACUGGGAAAAGGACAUUGAAGGAUUAACCUCUGAGAAGGAAGUGCUUGCCUAUGUGGAGGACUUUCUAAGCUCUUUAAAAGAAACAGGGGCAGAGGAAAAAGAAAAGGACAAAAAUAAUAAAGUUAAUUCAAAUAAAUUUCGCGUG